GUAAAUUCGCCCACAAACGAACCCCAAAUGCAUUGCAAACCGAACGAUUCGAAUUACCCUUCGGCGAGAGUGUGCGCUACGCCGGCCGCUGUGCACAUCACUGAUUCCCUUGCGACGAACCUAAUUGACGAUUUCCAUCGGUUUUAGAUGUCUCUGCAUAUUGGAAACCUCUCAUCUCACACUCACCUCGGUGAGCUUGAGCGUGUUUUUCGGAGAUUUGGUAGAUGUAGUCUAAGGGUGAAAGAUAAGUACGGUUUUGUAGUUUACGACUACCCUGCAAGCGCUGAAAAAGCUCUCAAAACACUUCGAGGCACUAGGAUUUGUGGGGAGGCUUUGACGCUGUCAUGGUCUAAACAUCAGCCUCAUGCUAUGCAAAGGUUUCCCCCGGGUGGGAUGCCCUACAAGCAGCCAUACAGAAAGUUCUUUGCGAAAGAAAACGCUGGGCGGAGAGUGGGUCCCAACAUCCGGCACGACUACGAGAAUGAUUUCAAGAAAGCAAGUGAAGGUAGAACAGUUGGUUCCUCCGACCUGGUUAACGAAUCAAUGAACUAUCAUCCAGACGAUGCAGAGGGUUAUGUCGGGGAAAGGGAUCCUUCUUACAUUGAAAACGAUCACCGAUUUGGGAAUGGUGAUAGAAGCCAUUUAGAAGAUGAUCGGUGGGGGGAGCAGAUUGUCAACCCAUCGCACGAAAGUUAUUUGGAAAAUGACAUAGAGUUUGACCGAUAUGAACCUUGCCACAGCGUUGGGGUACAGGAAUUGGACGAACAUCACCCUACGCCCGAAUCACCUGUUAGCAGGAACUCAAAGGAAAGAACCGGAAAUUUCUACGGAGCAAAAUCUCAAAAGAAUUGCUAUUUAUGCGGGGAAGUAGGUCAUAAAAUGCGCAACUGUCCGCUAGAGCUACAGAGGCAUGCACCAAGGCCUCGAGGGAGAAUUGGCCCGGGCCUUGAAGGCGAUACAGUCCCGAUGAGGUAUCGAGAAAAUAACGGGGGACUGUCUGGUUUCCGGAACCAUCAAAGGCUACUGAGGCACGGAGAUUCUUCGCCACCAUAUAAUCGGAAGCGAGACUUCAGACAUAAGAAAAGAAAGUGGCGCGAUCAUGAGAGUACCGACAAAGAUCUCUCGGAGAAACCUGGCGGCCCGUCAUCACCGUCAAUUCAUUCUGGUUACAAGCCUUCCAAGAAGUCAACUUCUAUCAAGUCUGUAUCGCCAUCGACGUCGUCUGGCUCGCUGCCACUAGACCUCAACAGAGACCUGCCCUCUUCCCCAAAGAAAGCUCGACCAGAAUCAAAGGACUCUGCAACGAAAGACAAAGAACUGCUCAGUCGUAAUUUAAAAAUGAAAGAUCUGUCCCCGAAGGACUCUGACUCAAAAGAUUCACCUGAAAUGUUCGAGCCUUGCACCCCGGUAUCAGACACCCCAGUAUCAGACGCUGAUGAUCAGUUUGGCGAUAGUUUUAAUCCGUUCAACGGUAAGAAUGCAUCUGCGCCGGAUUCUGAUACCGUUGUAAAGCCCGAUGCUUCGAAUGUAGAAAGAAUUUCGGCGCAGGAAGUGGGGAUGGUUCUGAAACACUACGGCCUGCAGCACCCGGAGGAGAAUGGAAAGGAAAUGGCAGUGGAUAGGUAUUUCGGGUCGGCACGGCUGUGGCCGUGGGAGAUUAUAUACUAUCGGAGAUUGAAGAAGGGGUCGAUUUCUGCCGAGAAUUACUCUCGGAGAAUGGCGCAGAACGAGCAAUUUGGCAUUGUUGAUAGGUAUGUAAGAUGCAGCAGCGGUUGGGGCGAGGUGAAGAAGGAUCCUUGAAAGGUUUUUGAAUGGAUUAAGUUAUUAUGUUGGUUGCAAUGAACGAUUUCUUCUUCAAGGGUGGUUUGUGUGUAUCUUCUUCAUAGAGAAUGGUACUGAAGGUGUAUGAACUUGUAGUGGGACUUUGCAUUUGAUGAUCAUCGUUGGAUGAGUACCGUUAGUUAGCAGCAUAUGCAUUCAGAAUUUCAGACUCCUGCAUUUAUAUAAGUUCUUAUGAAUCUA